AUGUUCCUGAAGGCUGUGGCCCUGACCCUGGCCCUGGUGGCUGUCACCGGUGCCCGGGCUGAGGUCAAUGCUGAUCAGGUGGCCACUGUGGUGUGGGACUACUUCAGCCAGCUGAGCAACAAUGCCAAGGAGGCUGUGGAACACAUCCAGAAGUCUGAACUGACCCAGCAGAUCAACGCCCUCUUUCAGGACAAACUUGGGGAAGUGAACACCUACACAGACGACCUGCAAAAGAAGCUGGUGCCCUUUGCCACAGAGAUGCAUGAACGCCUGACCAAGGACUCCACGAAGCUGAAGGAAGAGAUUCAGAAAGAGCUGGAAGCGCUGCGGACCCAUAUGCAACCCCACGCGGAGGUGGUGAGCCAGAAGAUCGAGGAAAAUGUGCGCGAGCUGCAGCAGCGCUUCGGCCCCUACACCGAGGAGCUGCGCACCCAGGUCAACGCGCAGACCCAGCAGCUCAAGCAGCAGCUGAGCUCCUACGCUCAGCGCAUGGAGACCGCGCUGCGCGAGAAUGUGGACAACCUGCAGACCUCCCUGUCUCCCUACGCCGAGGAGUUCAAGGCCAAGCUCGACCAGAAUGUGGAGGAAAUCAAGGGGCGCUUGACACCCUAUGGGGAUGAGCUCAAGGUCAAGAUCGACCAGAAUGUGGAGGAGCUGCGCCGCAGCCUGGCUCCCUUUGCAAAGGACGUGCAGGAGAAGCUCAACCACCAGCUCGAGGGCCUGGCUUUCCAGAUGAAGAAGAACGCCGACCAGCUGAAGACCAAGAUCUCCGCGCGCGCCGACGAGAUGCGGCAGAGGCUGGAGCCCCUGGCGGAGGACGUGCGCGGUAAGCUGAGGGGCAACACGGAGGAGCUGCAGAAGUCUCUGACUGAGCUGAGCAGCCAGGUGGACCAGCAGGUGGAGGCCUUCCGCCGGAGCGUGGCGCCCUAUGGCGAGACCUUCAACAAAGUUAUGGUCCAGCAGGUGGAGGAGCUCAGGCAGAAGCUGGGCCCCUACGCGGGGGAGAUGGAAGACCACUUGAGCUUCCUGGAGAAGGAUCUGCGCGACAAGGUCAACUCCUUCUUCAGCACCCUCAAGGAGAAAGAGAGCCAGGACCAGCCCCUGGCCCUCCCCCAGGAGGAGCAGCCCCCAGCCCUGGCCGAGAGCUGA